AUGAUGGAAUCCAUGAUGCAAAAAUUCAGUUUGCAUUUUCAUGAUCCAGAAUCUUCUAGGAAACAGUCCACGCCAGCAAACACAGCUGUUGUCUCCAUCACCAAGUUUAUUGAUGAUCCCGACUCCAGCGUGACUUUCGACGCUUGGUUUAAACGUUGGGAACACAUCUUCCAUGUGAAAUUUGCCAAAUAUUAUGAUGAUGCUUGCAGGGUACGCCUGUUACUUCGCGAAUUGAGUGCCAAAGAACACGAGCGGUACACGGACAUGAUACUGCCGAAAAGUCUUCGUGACUCCACCUGCACCCUUUAG